CCCCACGCAAAAAUGUCGGCGCUUAUGUUCGGGCAAUUACGGGCCCAUCUCUCUCGCGUGCGCCACGGCGCAUACUUAGUCUCUGGGUCACAUGAUGCCUGUCAUGGCCGCCUCCGUGGCCUGGGGAGGCGUGAAUGCUGGGUUCCUGCUGCGGGCGGCCAGGGGUGCCUGGUGGUGCCGACCCGGGGGCUUUUGGGGGUCCGGGGAGGCGGCGGCGGCGCCUGCGACAGCCAAGAAGUUCCGGGCGACAGGCUCGCGCCCGGCGGGGGAGGAAGAAGCCGGCGGCCCCGAGCGGCCCGGGGACGUGGUGAACGUGGUGUUCGUAGACCGGUCAGGCCAACGGAUUCCGGUGAGCGGCAGAGUCGGGGACAAUGUUCUCUACCUGGCCCAGCGCCAUGGGGUGGAUCUGGAAGCCCAGUUCAUGCCUGCCUCAAGGCCUUCGCAUUUGCCGUUCCAUCAGAAGUGCUUUCCCACCAGAUCUUCUGGCUCCUUCUCAUCCUUCAGGUCCCGAUAAUCAGAUCAGAAACCCUGUUUGCCUUGUUCACACUUAUUUGUUGCCUGUCAUGGUAUUUAGAUGUAACAGGUAUUAAAUCAGUAUUUGUUAGAGGAAAUACAAUAAUAGCAGACAUUACUUUAAGCCUGUUAACACAUAUUAACUGAUUGAAUCUAUUCCGUGAAAACUUUAUGCAGGAGGGGAGAAUAUUAUCCUAUCUUAUAGGUGAGGAAACUGAGCCUUAGGUUGAGCAGACCUGGUCCAAGUUCAAGUAAGUGGCAAAACUAGAUUCAAGCAAACCCAGCCUAUUUUAGCCACUAGUCUGUGCUGCUCUUCUAUGAAUAUUGAACACUUACUGUGUGCCAGGUAGCAAUGUAAAAAACAGAUAAGGCCCGUGUCAUUUCACACCAAUUUCAACCUAAUAGGGACAAUAAUCCCAUGCAUAAACAUGUAAUUAUAUCAUGAGCAACUGGGAAGAGCAGUCUUUUAAAAAGUGUACAGGGGGCUUCCCUGGUGGCGCAGUGGUUGGGGGUCCGCCUGCCGAUGCAGGGGACGGGGGUUCGUGCCCCGGUCUGGGAGGAUCCCACAUGCCGCGGAGCGGCUGGGCCCGUGAGCCAUGGCUGCUGGGCCUGCGCGUCCAGAGCCUGUGCUCUGCAACGGGAGAGGCCACAGCAGUGAGAGGCCCGCGUACCGCAAAAGCAAAAGCAAAAACAAACAAAUAAACAAA